AUGGCUUCCGCAAGAGAACUUGUCACUCAUUUGUUGCGGCAGGUUGGCAGUGCAUCAUGUCGCUGUCCUGCCCAUUCACAGGCUUUCAGUUUUGGUGGACAUGGUGGUGCUGCCAAUGUGAUGCAAAAUAUGAAACAAUGUUCAACAGAAUCAAGUCCAUCUAAAGAAUAUGCCUUUGAAAUGGCUUGUAGUAAUAUCCGCUAUGGAGAAGGAGUAACCUCUGAAGUGGGUAUGGACUUUCAUAAUCUUGGUGCUAAAAAUGUGUGUUUAGUAACAGACAAAAAUCUAUCUCGGCUUCCUCCUGUGAAGUCUGCUGUGGAGUCGUUGGAAAAACACCAUAUUAACUACAGUGUCUUUGAUGAUGUUAGAAUUGAACCCACUAAUGUUAGUUUCCAAACUGCAAUUGAUUUUGCUAAGAAAGGUAAUUUUGAUUCAUUUCUUGCUGUGGGUGGUGGAUCAGUGAUGGACACAGCCAAAGCUGCCAAUCUCUAUUUAUGUAAUCCUGAUGCCGAGUUCUUGGAUUUUGUCAAUGCUCCAGUUGGUAAAGGUGUUCCAGUCAGAGGCAAUGUCAAACCAUUGAUAGCUACUAGUAAGUUGAAUGUCAAACCAUUGAUAGCCAGUAAGUUGAAUGUCAAACCAUUGAUAGCUAGUAAGUUGAAUGUCAAACCAUUGAUAGCUAGUAAUUUGAAUGUAAGACUAUUGAUAGCUAGUAAUGUGAAUGUCAAACCAUUGAUAACUAGUAAUUUGAAUUUCAAACCAUUGAUAGCUAGUAAUUUGAAUUUCAAACCAUUGAUAGCUAGUAAGAUAAAGGCCAAACCAUUGAUACGUUGUGAGUUGGAUGUUAAACCAUUGACAGCUAGUAAUUUGAAUUUCAAACCAUUGAUAGCUAGUAAUUUGAAAUUCAAACCAUUGAUAGCUAGUAAGAUAAAGGCCAAACCAUUGAUACCUAGUGAGUUAAAUGUCAAACCAUUGAUAGCUAGUAAGAUAAAGGCCAAACCAUUGAUAGCUGGUAAGAUAAAGACCAAACCAUUGAUAGCUAGUAAGUUGAAUGUCAAACCAUUGAUAGCUAGUAAUUUGAAUGUAAGACUAUUGAUAGCUAGUAAGGUGAAUGUCAAACCAUUGAUAGAUAGUAAUUUGAAUUUCAAACCAUUGAUAGCUAGUAAGAUAAAGGCCAAACCAUUGAUACCUAGUGAGUUGGAUGUCAAACCAUUGAUAGCUACUAGUAAGGUGAAUGUCAAACCAUUGAUAGCUAGUAAUUUGAAUUUCAAACCAUUGAUAGCUAGUAAUUUGAAUUUCAAACCAUUGAUAGCUAGUAAGAUAAAGGCCAAACCAUUGAUACCUAGUGAGUUGGAUGUCAAACCAUUGAUAGCUAGUAAGUUGAAUGUCAAACCAUUGAUAGCUACUAGUAAGAUAAAGGCCAAACCAUUGAUAGCUAGUAAGUUGAAUGUCAAACCAUUGAUAGCUAGUAAGUUGAAUGUCAGACUAUUGAUAGCUAGUAAGUUGAAUGUCAAACCAUUGAUAGCUAGUAAGACAACAGCCAAACCAUUGAUAGCUACUAGUAAUUUGAAUUUCAAACCAUUGAUAGCUAGUAAGAUAAAGGCCAAACCAUUGAUACCUAGUGAGUUAAAUGUCAAACCAUUGAUAGCUAGUAAUUUGAAUGUAAGACUAUUGAUAGCUAGUAAGGUGAAUGUCAAACCAUUGAUAGCUAGUAAUUUGAAUUUCAAACCAUUGAUAGCUAGUAAGAUAAAGGCCAAACCAUUGACACCUAGUGAGUUGGAUGUCAAACCAUUGAUAGCUAGUAAGUUGAAUGUCAAACCAUUGUUAGCUAUAGCCAAAACAUUGAUAGCUAGUAAGUUGAAUGUCAAACCAUUGAUAGCUAGUAAGUUGAAUGUUAAACCAUUGAUAGCUAGUAAGUUGAAUGUUAAACCAUUGAUAACUAGUAAGUUGAAUGUCAAGCCAUUAAUAGCAAGUAAUUUGCAUGUCAAACCAUUGAUAGCUAAUCAGAUAAAGGCUAAAUCAUUGAUAGCUAGUAAGUUGAAUUUCAAACCAUGGAUAGCUAGUAAUUUGAAUUUCAAACCAUUGAUAGCUAGUAAGAUAAAGGCAAAACCAUUGAUACCUUGUGAGUUAAAUGUCAAACCAUUGAUAGCUAGUAAGAUAAAGGCCAAACCAUUGAUAGCUAGUAAGUUGAAUGUCAAACCAUUGAUAGCUAGUAAGUUGAAUGUUAAACCAUUGAUAGCUAGUAAGUUGAAUAUCAAACCAUUGAUAGCUAGUAAGAUAAAGGCCAAACCAUUGAUAGCUAGUAAGUUGAAUGUCAAACCAUUGAUAGCUAGUAAGUUGAAUGUCAAACCAUUGAUAGCUAGUAAGUUGAAUGUCAAACCAUUGAUAGCUAGUAAGUUGAAUGUCAGACUAUUGAUAGCUAGUAAGUUGAAUGUCAAACCAUUGAUAGCUAUA